AUGAAACUCAAAAAAGGUCUAUGCACAAGUUUUUUUUUUAAAAAAAGUUCUGCUGAUGUACAAGUAAAUGAACAAGAUAAUCUCACACAUGAAACUGUUUUUAAUGAGCAAGAUAAUGUCUUGAAUGAAAAUGUUUCUACAGAAAAAGUUUCAAAUGAAAAUGUUGAUUUUGAUGAUGAAAAUAUUAAUAAUGAAGAUGUUAAUGUCAAUAAUGAAAAUGUUGUUUGGCUUACGAGUAUUCGUCAUGUUGCAUUUGUUGUUGGUGAAGAAUCGGGGUGGGCUAACUUAAAAGCACAGGUUGAUGCUGGAACUUAUGACUCUUCUGCUAGUGACUCACAGCCGAGUCAUUCUUCGGCCUUGGAUGAUGCUCUCUUGGCUUUUGCAACCAUGGACUUUGCUGGAUUGCUCGGGUUGGGCCACAUGGAUGUGGAUGGGGGUGUAGGGAUUGGUGGAGCAGGCGGUGGGAUUGGCGGUGAUGCCGGUGGCGAAGGUGAUGGAGUUGGUGGCAAUGCCGGUGGCGCAGGUGAUGGUGGAGUUGCAGGUGGUCCUAGUGGUGGUGCAUGA